AUGCCAAAUACCACUUUAAAGGCCCAUCAGAAAGAGCCACUAUCGAGGGAUAAUGACGACGCCUCGGAUGCCGACUCUGAUCUCGAAGAGCUCCAGAGCGAUAUUGCGAAGUUCGACGAGUCAGUACGUGAAUUUUUAGCAACCCACCGUGGUGGAUCUAAUGGUGAUCCAACGAUACCAUCACCGAGCUCGUCCGCAGUUCGCGGGGCUAGUCGAAGUCGUGCACGGGGCCCGCGGAAGGCUGCGAAGCCGCGAGGCGACAUCACAGCUCGCUUGUCCAAAGUCAACCAAGCCUUCCUUGCUGGUGACUAUCCGCGAGCCUUGGACCUAGCUUCCGAGGUUGUCAGGAUCAAUGCUGAAACUCACCAAGCAUGGACCGCUAUGGCCUCCAUCUUUGAGGAGAUGGGUGAGGUCAACAAAUCGCUGUCAGCGAUGGUUUAUGCUGCUCAUCUGCGUCCGAAAGAUGUCGGAGGUUGGCUCAGAUGUGCCACGUUUGCCCUAGAUACCAUGGAGAAUGAAGACGAUGAGAAUUUACAUACGGCACGUCUUUGCUAUUCUGCUGCCCUGCGGGCAGACUCGAGGAAUAUGGAGGCACGUGUGGGAAAAGCCAUGGUGUGCCAUCGCCAAGGUCAUCUGGCGGCAGCCAUCAACGAGUAUAAUACCAUCCUCAAGCGACGCCCGCACGAUCUGGAAAUUGUUCGGAAGCUUGCUGAAGCUUGUAUCGACAAUAAACAUACGGAUGCGUCAGUGAAUUCGGCAACUUCAGCAUACAAACGCUAUUUCGAUUUCGAAGUUGCAAAUACAACAUGGCAACCUCGAGUGGAUCUCUGGCACGAUGUUGGAAUAUAUGUUGAGCUCUUUGCUUCGAACGGCCGCUAUAGCGAUGCUAUUCGCGAGCUCAAAUCCUUGGCGAGGUGGCUAGUUGGACGGCCACUGGAGAAAUAUUGGGAUGAGUGGCAAGCAGAUGAUCGAGAAUGGGACGCUGAGGUGGACAGGCGUUACCUGGUUCCUGAGUUUAACUCCAGCCGUUCAAACGAAGCACUAUAUGGCGAUGCGUUGCCACGCGAUCAACGAGCGCGGCUUGCUAUAUACAGGCUUGGGCUUGGAAACGAUGAAGAAGCAUUUAGACACUUGCAAUGGCUCGACCCGACUGACCAUCAUACACGAGACUUCGUUGCGGAUUUCCCCUAUCUUGUGUUUGAUAUCGCCUCUGAGCUCGCCCGGCAGGAUCAUCCCGCAUUUGGUGCGAAAUAUUUGGAGGUUCUGCGCGAAGUGUCUGGUGAACCUGAUGCUGCUAUCCUCCUGCAACUUGGAAGAUGUUAUCGUGUUAGUGGCCAACAACCUGCCGCCGAAGAAUGCUUCCUCUCCGCUAUUGAAGUCGAUCCAGACAGCAUUGAAUCUCGGAUUGAGCUGGCAAAUAUGUACGAGAAGGCAAGAGAGGAUGAAGAAGCACUGAUUCUAGCGGCCGAAGCCAUGGCACUCCGUGGUGCCCAAGCGGAUGGGGCGAGUGCUGCGCUGGCUCCUCGAAGUCAGGGACAAUCUCACCGCCGGACCCGAAGGCGUCAAAACGAAGCUAUUGAUCCGGCACUCAGAAGAGCGCCUAGGAAGCCGGUCAUACCCAGACGGUAUCGUCCAAAGAGACUGGGUGCCCCUGACCAGAGGAGACAAGAAGAGCAGGCUCAUGCUGUAAAGCUCUCUCGCCAGUACGAGACUGUGCACGAUCUCAAACGGCAGAUUCAGGAGGGCCGCGAUGACCUUAUGGAUGUUUGGAUGCAGUCCUCACAGGAAUUGGUAGACGAUUUCCGAUCCCUAAAGCAGUUCUACUCCUGGGACAAGUAUCUGCAGUUUCUCGGGUCUAAGGGACCCCUUCAACAGGUUGAUCAAGGUCAAGCGGGUAGUCAACUGUUCCAGAUGUAUGAGCGUUUGACACGAACACUCGUCCCACAUCUCGAUCAGUCAGGGGGAGGGCGCGAUGUCGCCAGCUUGAGCGGUCACCAAGGCAUCUCAUUCGAUGAAUGGCUAAGUCUGUUUCUUGACUAUGCCGUGGGUCUUGCCCUCAUGCACCGCCGCGAAGACGCUUACCAGGUCUGUGAGGCGGCAAGGGACUCCACGGUGUUUCAGUCCUCAGCACACAACUUCACCAUCCACGUUACCUGGAGCGUUUGCGCAAUUUAUACGAGUGAUGAAGAAAAGUCGAUUACGAUUGCUCGGUACUUGAUGAAAGACGGCGCCACCACAGACUCCCACCGAAUGUUUGCUCUUCUUUCCAGCCUGUGCCAAUCCCCUAUCACAUGGUACACCUCUGGGCCAGCCCAGAAGUAUAUUCUGCGGCAGAUUAGGUCGAUUGACACGGACCAGAUGUCCAAACUGUCAAACAAAGAGGAACUCAAAGGCCAAGUGAACACUGUCAACCCUGCCGAUGUAGAUCUAGACGUAUGUCUACUCAUGCUCUACGGCCACAUUCUUUUUACUUCCACGAGCUAUACUUAUGCACUCGGUUAUUUUCUGCGCGCAAGGGCUUUGGAUCCUCAAAACCCAAUGGUGAACCUGAGUCUUGGCUUAGCCUAUGCGCAUUACGCGCUGAAAAGGCAGUCGGUCAACCGUCAGUACCUGGUACUCCAGGGUCUCUCUUUCAUGUCACAGUAUAUUGAAAUGAGCCAAAAAGAUGGGGACUGCCCAUCCAAGGCGGAGAUGCAUUACAAUAUUGGGCGGUUAUAUCAUCUACUUGGAAUUCCCUCCCUUGCCUUGAGGUACUACUCUCAAGCUGCUUCUAUGGCUUCUGGGGACUCCGAUGGUAUGAAGGACAUUAUGCUGUUGAGUGUCACUAACCAGGUCAUAUCGUUGCUCACUUUGGGGAAUAAUAACGCGGCAUUAGAAUUGCUCAAGGAGAACAUUAUUAUCUGA